AUGAAGCUCGUCAGAUUUUUGAUGAAGCUCAACAAUGAGUCGGUGACCAUCGAGCUCAAAAACGGUACCGUUGUCCACGGCACAGUCACAGGUGUAGACAUUCAGAUGAACACACAUCUCAAAACGGUCAAGAUGACGGUGCGUGGACGACCUGCGGUGACGCUUGAUACACUGUCGAUUCGAGGCAACAACAUUCGAUAUUGGAUCCUGCCGGAUGCGUUGCCCCUGGAUAUGUUGUUGGUGGACGAUGCACCCAAGCCAAAAGGCAAGAGAAAGGAUCCUGUUGCAAGAGGGGCAAGGGGUGGUGCGAGCAUGGACAGAGGCAGAGGCAGGGGGAGAGGUGGUGGUAUGCGUGGUGGACGCGGUCGCGGCCGUUGA